ACAUUCCAUGUGUCAAUGUCAAAACUAAAUUUGUUUUGAUUAGAGGUUAUGUAGUGCGGCGUUCGCGCUGUCAGGAUUGUUAAAUUUAUAGUAUUUUUUUCUAAAUUAACUUUAUUAAACAAAUGCAUUUUAUGUGAUUUUCAUAGUUCUCAUUGCAUUGUUUAUGAAUUUUGGUAUAGCGUUGCAUUACCAAUGAGCGCAAAAUGUCCGAAACAAGAAAUUUUCGAAUUACCUUAGAUUUAAGCCGGUUUUUCAAUGAUCAUCGAAGAUUGGCAAAAAUAUUCAUCAAUAACAACCUCGAAUCUAUCCAAGAUCUACAAGACCGCAUUCAUGCCAUAUUUGGAUUAAGCGGAUUCUAUUUGACCACUCAAAAUCAUUUUCUACCACUUUCUGAAGAUGUUCGAGUACUUGUAAAUGAUGAAACAGUGUGUGCUAUUCCAUGUAGUCAACCUGAAGAAGUGCCACUUUCCAUCCAAAAUACAAAUGGGGUGAAGCAUCCACUGGAAACGAUUGCAGAAGAAUCAAUUGAUAAUUCAUUUACAAAAAGAAAGUCCAAAAAACGUAAUACUGAAGAAGUUACAUCAGAUUAUGAACUACCUAUGAAAAAAAAGAAACACAAGACAUCCAAGAGUGAAUCAUCACCAACAAUCUCUGAAAAAAUUAAGAAGCACAAAACACAUAGGAAACCAAAAAUAGUUGAACAAAGUGUUUGUAAUAUUGAAUCAACUAAGAAGUGUAACGAAAUUAAGGAAAAGUUUGAACAAAAGGUUUAUGCCGGUAACUACGAUAACCUUGGGCGACCAAUUAGAGAGGACUUCGUAAGACUUUCGCGGCAUGCUGAUACACCAGUUAAAGUUUUCUCAAAGUAUAAAAAACCACAAAGAAAUACUGAAGAAUAUAUUGCCAAAAAUAAGAUUAAUAUUGUAAGAAUUGAUAUUAUAAAGGAUUCUAAUAAUGCCUCUGAUAGUGCUUUUGAGAAGUUAAAUGAAAGGCAAGGAACAAGAGAUCCAGAGUCUCCACCAGAAAAUAUUGUAAAAUCAAUUGUAAAUAAUAUAGAAAAAAACAUAUCUCCCACAUUAGAGGAGAAUUGUAAAAAAGAAAGUUUAAAUAAUUCUGAGAAAAGCGGGAACCUUCAAGGACAGCAAAACAAGCAGGAACUUCAACUUGAGGCCUCAGAUUAUACAAAACAUUCUCUAGAUAAAAGAAAUACUGACACUAUUAGUAAUGAAAGUGAUUUAAACCAUUCAUUCAUGAAUGAAUCAUUUGAAAAUACAAAUAUAAGAGCUAAAUUAUCUCAAGAUGCAGGUUUGGAUGCAUCUUCAUUGUCUUCAAUGAAUAACAGUCUUAAAGAUGAUACCAGUCUUAAAAAUUCAGAACGCACUAACUAUGGAGUAACUACUGAAAUAUCUCAAAAUGUAGCUUUAAAUGCUAGUUUUUUGCCUUCCACACACAAUAGUCUUAAAAAUGCAGAAAUCAAAAACUACCAAAUAACUCAAACAGGUUGUGAAGUAUCUCAAGAUGCAGCUCUAGAUGCAUCUUCCUUUCCUUCAAUAAAUAACAGUCUCAAAUAUGCAGAAAGCAAAAACUACCAAAUAACUCAAACAGGUUGUGGAGUAUCUCAAGAUGCAUCUUCCUUUUCUUCAGUAAAUAACAGUCUUAAAAAUGCAGAAAGCAAAAACUACCAAAUAACUAGAACAGGUUCUGAAAUAUCUCAAGAUGUGAAUGGAUCAUCAAUAUAUACAAUAGAUUCCAGUACUAAAAUUGCAGAAAGCAAAAAUGAUCAUAAAGUUACAAGAUCUUUGGAGGGUUCAAUAAAUGCAGGUAUCAAAGAUUUAAACACAAGUAUGGAAACCUCACCAGUAGCUGUAGAAGACAAUUCUUAUAAUCACACAAAUACAAAUUUUAAAAUGAGAAGGAAUUCAUUUAAGACAUACUCAGGCAUAGGUAGCUUAUUAGAACAACUAAAAGAAUCUGAUUCCGUUAUUUCCCAAGAUAGUGACAACUCAUUGCAAUUCAUUACUAAACGGAAAAGAAUUAGGCAUAGGAAGAGAAAAAAUAAAAAGAAUGAUUCAGUUGAUUGUAACUCUAGUUUUGAAGCCUAUGUUCCUCCUAUUCGACCUCUAAAAAUAGAUGCUUGUCCAAAGCUACAUAUUACUUUUGAUGAAGAAGAGUCUGACCAAAAUAAAACUAAAGAAAAUAAUAGAGCGGAAACUAAAAUAGAAGAAGUUAAGGAUGUUAUAAUAUUAAAUGAAGAACCUGAAGAUCCCGUUUUAGAGAACAAGUCUAUUUUUAGUGAAGAUAGUAUCCUAAAGGCACCAAUGAUGAGAGAUACACUUCCCAAUAUAGGAAAUGUUAUUGCUUUUCAAUUUAUAAAACUUUCAGACAACUAUUCUCCCACUGUGUCAAACUAUGUUGUAGGAAUGGUACUUGCAUGGGAAGAAGAAACAAAGACAGUGCAAUUAAAAAUUUUGUGUGGAGAGCAAGAGCUUAAGACACCAUCUGGAAAAUUAUCUUUGAAUGUGGAAGAGGAAGAAGAAAAGAAAACUUCUAGAUUUACAAUUAAAUGGGAAAAAAUGCUUCUACCUAGGUUGCUAUUUCCUUAAGCUGUAAUCUUUUCACUAGUGUAUGGCUAAACUUUAUUUGUAAAGAAUUCGAGUUAUUCUUUUUUUAUUUUUGAGUGUCUAAUUUAGAGAAAAUCUUAUGAUAUUAUGUCCUAUAUUUGUUCAUUCAUUUGUUAUAGGAAGUGAUUCUAAGGAUAAGGAAAUCAAUUGUAUAGAAAAUUUUUACUCCCUUUUAAUAGGUCUCAACUUAUAAUCAAAGUAUUCAGGGUGUUGAUAAUGAUGUUAUGAUAGAAUUGAUUAAAAUUUAAAUUUGUACACAAAUUUUUAAUUCUUCAUAUUUUUUCCUACUUAUAUUUUAUAGUGCAUUUACCUUAAAUCACUAUGUGUAUGUUCUUGUUAUUAUUUAUU